AUGAGUAGCUCUGUCUUCCCCAAAUACCCUACCUACAGGAGCCCUUACGGCCCAAAGUACACAGUGCCACUCAACUACCGGGGGUGGACGGUUCAGAGCGCCGCAAGACUUGGUGCCACCCUUGGAGCCUUCGGAGGUGUAGCUGGUUUCUUCGCCCUCUUCUUCUUUGGAGAAGUGCCAAGAGUGCGACAGGAUAUUCUGCAGAAAGUGCCAGUUAUUGGCUCUUAUUUCGUCAGGGAGAUCCCUGCCUCCGACAACCCAUUCUAG